CAAAACCCCCGCAAAAUCCCCGCUCCCCCAUCUUUCGGGUUUUGGCUUCCACAGGCGAGCGGGGAGAGAGAAAGAUAGAGAGGAGGUCGCCGGCGAUGGCGGCGGGGACGAUCUCCCGCAUCCGGCUGGAGAACUUCAUGUGCCACUCCAGCCUCCACAUCGAGCUCGGGGAACACGUGAAUUUCAUCACCGGCCAGAACGGAAGCGGUAAGAGCGCCAUCCUCACGGCCCUCUGCGUCGCCUUCGGCUGCCGCGCCAAGAACACCCAGCGCGCCGCAUCCCUCAAGGACUUCAUCAAGACCGGCUGCAGCUAUGCUUCCAUUGUUGUUGAUAUCAGUAACCACGGGGAAGAUGCGUUUAAGCCAGAAGUAUAUGGGAAUGUAAUUAUACUGGAACGCAGGAUUACUGAAUCAAGUAGUUCUACAGUUUUAAAGGAUCAACAUGGGAGGAAGGUGGCGCAUCGCAAAGAUGAUCUCGUUGAAAUAAUUGAACAUUUUAAUAUUGAUGUUGAAAAUCCUUGUGUAAUUAUGAGUCAAGACAAAAGCAGAGAAUUUUUACAUUCAGGAAAUGACAGGGAUAAGUUUAAGUUCUUUUUCAAGGCUACUCUUCUUCAACAAGUGAAUGACAUGCUUGGUUCAAUAAGAGAGAAACUGACUGGCGCGGACUCUAUAGUUGAAGAACUGGAAAAAUCGAUUGGUCCAGUGCUGAAAGAUCUUGAUGAUCUUCAGGGGAAGAUAAAGAAUAUGGAACAUAUUGAAGAAAUAGCACAUGAGAUUGAUAACUUGAAGAAAAAGUUGGCCUGGGCAUGGGUUUAUGAUGUUGUAAAAAAGAUUGAGGAACAAGCAAAUAAGCUUGAGAAACUCAAAGAGCGUAUCCCUGCAUGCCAAGAACGAAUUGAUCGAAAUACGGCUAUUAUAGAGGAACUGAGGAAAGAUUUUAUUGUGAAGAAAGAAAAUGUUAGAUCUUUUCUGGAGAAGACACAAGAAGUAAGGAGGAUGAAGGAAAAAUUGGAACAUGACAUGCAUGAGGCUGGGAAACUGAAGAUGGAUCUAGAGAAAGAGCAUGAACGCGGUAUGCAAAUGUUGAAUAAAAUGAAUAACCGUGUGAGACAACUUCAGGUGCAGGUUGAUGAAUUUGAACUGCAGCAUAUGCAAGAAACUCAGGCUGAAGUAUCUCAAAUUGAGGACAAAAUGCGGGAACUACAGCAGGAGAUCAACUCUGCUCAUUUAAGUGCUACAAGGUUAAAAGAGGAAGAGAAGAAAUUAUCUGAAGAACUAUGGGGCAUUACUAAAAGCAUCGGUGACAUUGAAAAAAAGAUAGCUGAAGACGCCCGCAAGAUCAAUCACCUGAAAUCUCAAAUUAGGGAUUUUCAACAGCGCCAACACGAUAAAGUAACAGCAUUUGGAGGAGAUAGAGUUCUGAGCCUCUUUCGAUCGAUAGAGAGACAUCAGAGUAGAUUUAAAUGCCCUCCUGUCGGUCCAAUAGGAGCUCAUGUGGAACUGUCCAGCGAUUCCUGGUCUGUUGCAGUUGAUUGUGCAUUUGGGAGGCUCUUAGAUGCUUUCAUUGUUUCAUGUCAUAAGGAUUCACUUCUUUUACGAGAAUGUGCGAAGGAAGCAAACUACCGCAACCUUCAAAUUAUUAUAUAUGACUUUGCUAAACCACUGCAUGACAUCCCAAAUCAUUUGGUUCCUUCAACACCACACCCGACGAUACUCUCAGUUAUCCGUUCAGAAAGUCCUACUAUACUAAAUGUAUUGGUGGAUCAGGGCCAUGCAGAGAGACAGGUUCUAGUACAAGAUUAUGAAAUGGGAAAGUCUGUCGCAUUUGAUCAGAGGAUACGAAAUCUGAAGGAAGUAUAUACUUCAGAUGGUUACAAAAUGUUUUGUAGAGGUUCUGUUCAGACCAUUCUUCCUCCAAAUAGAAAGUGGAGAGCUGGACGUUUGUGCACUUCUGUAGGAGAAACAAUAACUGAAAUGAAGAAUGAAGCUACUGGAAUUGAGCAAAUAAACUUAGAGAGGGAGGGUCAGAAAAGUGAAUUAGUUGUUCAGCGAGGAAAAAUCGAAUUGCAGCUCAGAAGUUUGAAGAGAAAAAGAGAAGAUGAGGAGCGGCGUCUGGAGCGUAAAAAACUGCAGUUAGAUGAUACCAAGAAGCUUUCUGCUGACAAUAAUCAUGAUACUGCUGUGGAUACCUCCGAACUAGUGGCUGAAAUGAUGCAAGUGAAGGAAGAUAUUGGGAACAAAGAAUUAGUUCUGCAGAAAAUUAAUUUGAAACUAACAGAUGCUUUGCAAGAAGAGAACAAUAAAAGAGCUUCCUACAAGGACUUUAUUGAAUCUGCAUAUGCUGAGAUGGGGUCUAUUAGUGAUGUAGAGCAUGAAUUGCAGCUUGUCGAAGAAAAAAUACAUGAUGCUCAGCAGGAGAAAGCUCACUAUGAAGAUGUCAUGGAAAGGAAGGUUUUGGCUCCUAUUAAAACGGCUGAAACCGAGUACACAAAUCUUCAACAGCUUCAUCAGGAGUACUUUGAGAAAGCUUCAAAAAUAUGCAUUGAAAGUGAAGUGGAAGCUCUGGGGGGUGUUGCGGGAUCCACCCUAGAACAAUUGAGUGAGGAAAUUAAUAAAUUGACACGGAGAUUACAGCAAGAAAGCAGAAGAUAUACUGAGAGCAUUGAUGAUCUGAGAGCCUUGCAUGACAAAACGAGACAGAAAAUCUUGAGGAAACAACAAAUGUAUGCUGGUUUUAGAGACAAAUUAAAUGCAUGUCAAAAGGCUUUGGACUUGCGAUGGAAGAAGUUCCAAAGAAAUGCUGGCCUCUUGAAGCGUCAGCUGACAUGGCUGUUCAAUGAGCAUCUGGGAAAGAAAGGUAUCAGUGGGCACAUCAACGUAGAUUAUAAAAACCAAGUUCUCUCUGUUGAGCUGACAAUGCCUCAAGACACGUCUCGUGAUACCAUUAGAGACACUAGAGGACUUUCAGGUGGAGAACGAUCUUUUUCAACGCUUUGCUUCACCUUAGCUCUUCAUGGAAUGACAGAAUCACCUUUUAGGGCCAUGGAUGAGUUUGAUGUAUUCAUGGAUGCGGUGAGCCGCAAAAUAAGCUUAGACACCCUAGUAGAUUUUGCUAUUGCACAGGGUUCUCAGUGGAUAUUUAUAACCCCUCACGAUAUCAGCAUGGUUAAGGCUGGGGACCGGAUCAAGAAGCAGCAAAUGGCAGCCCCACGUGGUUGACUUUCAGUACACCUUGUAAAUGAUGCCCUAGGGCCCGUCUCCGACUUGGAGUGGAUUUGCUUGGAACUGCUACUUCGGUAUUUUGUUUGUACAUAGCUUAUUUUAUUUAAAGUGUAGGCUUAUGCAGGGUUUGAUCAGGAGCUUGUGACCCUGCACCAGCUGUUGCAUUGCUAUUUGAUCAUGAUCCCAUGUGUAUUACAAUGUUAAUGCGUGGCUGAUGUCUGUCCUUAGGCCUUGAAAUGAACUGAAGCGGGGGAGCCGUAUAGGUGGGGUCAAUCGGCCGCCUAGCUCUUCAAGGUGUUAGACGGCAUUAUUCAACCUAAUUUAUUCCCUCAUCAAAAUAUCAAACUUAAUUAGGCUAA